CGGCGCUGGCAAGAUGGCGGCGCCCGAGAAUAUGCUGUUUUCGGAGAAGCUGAGCCACAAAAAGUACAGGGCCGCCCUGAAGAAGGAGAAACGAAAGAAACGGCGACAGGAACUCGCUCGACUGAGAGACUCUGGUGCAGGCAUCAUGAAUUACAGCAGCUAGCACAGCCCUUGCACAUAGACUCUCACAGAAGGAGGAGGAAGAGGAGGCAGUGGCAGAUGCUUUUACUGAAGAAGAAGAAGAAGAAGAGAGGCUAUUGGAAAGAGAGAGGGAGUAGUGUUUUGUUUACUGGGCUUUUUUAAAAAGUGGUACACAAUAAUAGGAAUUUGCUUAAUGCUACUCAACUGUACACUUAAAUGGCAAAAAUUACAUGAGGAAUGGUUGCUGCGGGAGCAGAAGGCACAAGAAGAAUUCAGAAUAAAGAAGGAAAAGGAAGAGGCAGCUAGAAAACGGCAGGAAGAACAAGAGAGAAAGUUAAAGGAAGAAUGGGAAGAACAGCAGAGAAAAGAGAGAGAAGAGGAGCAGCAGAAGCUACAGGAGAAGAAAGAAAGAGAGGAAGCUGUGCAGAAGAUGCUGGAGCAGGCUGAAAAUGAGUUGGAAAAUGGUGCCACAUGGCAAAACCCAGAACCACCCACGGAAUUAAGAGUAAUGGAGAAAGAUCGAGCUAAUUGUCCAUUCUACAGUAAAACGGGAGCAUGCAGAUUUGGAGAUAGGUGUUCACGUAAACACAAUUUCCCGACAUCAAGUCCCACCCUUCUUAUUAAAAGCAUGUUUACAACGUUUGGGAUGGAGCAGUGCAGAAGGGACGACUACGACCCCGACGCAAGCCUGGAGUACAGCGAAGAGGAAACCUACCAGCAGUUCUUGGACUUUUAUGAUGACGUGCUCCCUGAGUUCAGGAAUGUGGGGAAAGUGAUCCAGUUUAAGGUCAGCUGCAACUUGGAACCUCAUCUGAGGGGCAAUGUGUAUGUUCAGUAUCAGUCGGAAGAAGAAUGCCAAGCAGCCCUUUCUCUGUUUAAUGGAAGGUGGUACGCUGGACGACAGCUUCAGUGUGAAUUCUGCCCAGUGACCCGAUGGAAAAUGGCAAUUUGUGGGUUAUUUGAAAUACAGCAGUGUCCCAGAGGGAAACACUGCAACUUCCUUCACGUGUUCAGAAAUCCCAACAAUGAGUUUUGGGAAGCGAAUCGAGACAUCUACCUAUCUCCAGAUCGGACUGGCUCCUCCUUUGGGAAGAGCUCAGAGAGGAGGGCGAGGCUGGGCCCCCACGAUGACUACUACAGCAGGCCGAGGAGGAGGAGGAGCCCUGGGCCGGCCCACUCCUACAAGAGGAACGGGGAGGCCGACCGGAAGAGGAGGAGUAGUCAUGGGGCCAAGAAAUCGCACAAACACAGGUCCAGAAGCCGGGGAAGGCACAAUUCCCGAAGCAGAGGAAGAAAAAGGGACCGCAGCCGUGGACGGGGCAGCCGGAGCCACAGCCGCAGGAGCCGCAGCCAGAGCUCCUCCAGGUCCAGGAGCCGUGGCGGGAGAAGGUCAGGGAGCAGAGACCGAACUCUUCAGAGCCCCAAAUCCAAAUAAACUUACUGUGUUUUUCAGUGAUUGUACACCUUAUUUAUUAUGGCGGCUACAUACUUGGAUGGAGGGCUCUUGGCUCAUGUGGCUUAGCAAGUCUGGCGAAACCGUAUGUAGACUGGAACCCUGUUUUAAAAUAUUUUUAUUCUCUGAUAAUUCAUAUUGUGUUUAGUAUAGAGAACCUAGAAAACAUAAAAUGUAUACAGCCCCAAAAUUACUUAUAAUCCUGACCCUUAAAGAUAACCAAUUAACA